AUGCCGCAUCGUCCAGGUACGGGUAAUGACGCCUUUGUGCAGAAAACCAUGGACCUAGUUGUGCAACUACCUUAUCCUAGCCUAUUAGGUUGUUUACGGGGUCCUUACCCAUUUUUGACGUCACCACCCGUAGCACCCACACACUUCAAUGCAUCAGGUCACAAAUUGGCCACGCUGUUCCCAUCAAUCCAAUGCUGUCUAGCGUUGAUGUUUGCUGCUGAAAGAUAUGCUGAUGCAAGACUACGAGCUGAUACGGAAAAUAUCAUCGGAAGCACUUUUCAUCUGCAAAUGGAUCUCCUCCGAUCCUACAUAUCGAUGAUGGAGCGAGUUGUCAACGACCAUGGAAUGUGCUCUACUCACCAACAUUCGUCUGCCCCAACAGAAGCGGAACUUCUGGCCCAUUCGCCAGGAGGCCAGUGCGGGUCCCCUUCUCUGGGCACCCCACACAACGACUCCGGGUUUUGUUCUGGA